AUGACAAAAAACUCCCCUGCAAAUGCUGUGGAGGGUCGGCUGAAGGAGCAACAACCAACGGAACGAUACACUUUGGAAGAACUGGAGUUCCUUUUUACUGCUGUCCGAUGCUACCCUUACAUAGUCGAAUCACCUCUCACUAAUGCUGAGACCAAACGCCGAAAGACUGUCAUAUGGAAUUGGAUUGCAGGGGUGGUUCACGACAAAUUCAAACCAACUACAGGCAAGAGCCCAAUUCGACUGAGGAACUGGUGGAAGAGAACUAAGAACAGGGCUAGGAAACGACUGGAGCACACCGAACUGGAUAUUAGCGAGACCCAGAGCGGUUUACCAAACAGAAAUCGCGGUUACCUCGAGCACAUAUCCAAGGAUAUUUGUGAAUUUAGCAACCAAGUCAACAAAUUAUACUCACCUGAGCUUGAAGACUUGGAUUUCAAAAAAUUUCUGACAAUGCACAAUGCCCAAGAUCGAGGUACACGAGUCGACCUCGAGAAUGACAAUCCAGAAGUGGUUGAAACUAUAGGGACCGGUGCCGAAUACGAAAGUGCGGCUGACACGGAAGGAUUUCAAGUUAUAGAUAAUAGUAAAAGGCACUUGGAAAUGGGGCAAGGAGUUGGAGCGGGGUCAAGCUUCCUUUGUGGACAUGAGAUCAACAAUACCCACUUCGGACUGGUGGAUUUUACUCGUCAGGCUGAAUUCCAACAAAUGGCAGUCACCGCGUUCUGGAAACUGAUGUCAACUCUAAAUCCUACAACAGCGAUCAGUGGUACUGAAGGUGUCGGCCUAAACUCAAGGGAUCUCCUUACCAGUACGUUGAGGGAGCAGGGGCGAGAAUCCCUAUUCAAACCUCAAAUCCUGGGCCCCGUUCUAAAAGAACAAAUGCAAACCCCAUUGACCAGUCUCAGUAUAGGGUCCAGCGAAACCCGAGGUCCCGCAGAAAUCGCAGCAGCUAAUUGCUCGACUAUAUCCUCAGAUCAUGUGCCUGCCAAAAAUGCACUACAGGGUCCCGCGCAGGGAGAAACACGGAUGGACGAGAACGUUGACAGGCUAAAAGAGCAGGUCUACCUGUUAAAGCGUCGGAAACUUGAGUUAGAAAUCAAGCUUUUGGAGAAGCAAUUAAGCUGA